AUGGGAGAACGGAUUGAGAAUGGAGAUCCAUCCAGGACCCUCAGGGAGUUGUUUGCACCCAUCACUACCAACACUCCAUCAUGCAUAGUGUUGUCUGCUACCAAUGCCACUCACUUUGACUUGAAGCCAAAUGUGAUUCAAGUCCUUCCUGCUUUCCAAGGUCUAGAGAAUGAAGAUCCAUACACUCAUGUGAAGUCUUUCUUGGAGAUGUGUGAUACAUUCAGGUUUCAAAGAUUCUCUGAUGAGUCGGUGCGUCUUAGGCUAUUUCCUUUUUCCUUACAUGGUAGGGCAAAAACUUGGUUACACUCCAACAUGCCUGGAUCCAUCACCUCUUGGGAAAUUUUGCUGAGCAAGUUCUACAAUAAAUUCUUCUCAAUAUUCAGGAUCAAUGAAUGUCGUCGAGAGAUCAGUGGUUUUAGUCAGGAUGAGGAGGUGAAAUUCUUUGAAAGCUGGGAGAGGUUUAAAGAGUUAACUAUGAAGUGUCCACCCCAUGGUUUUGAGACUUGGAGGCUCGUUCAAUUUUUCUACAAUGGAUUGACUCAACCACAGCGUAACAUGAUCGAGUCCAUGAAUGGUGGAGGUUUCUUGAAUCUUACAAGGAAAGAAGCUUAUAGGUUGUUGGAUGAACUGUCUGAUAGUUCACAACGGUGGGACUUUUCAAGUCGUCAGGGUAAGUCUUCCGCUUCCCCCAAGAAGGGAGGCCUCUAUGAGGUGAAGGACGAUGCUGAUAUAAGGAGGCAACUCAAGGAUCUCAUGCGUAAGGUUGAAGCUAUCGCUCUGAACAAACCAGUGAUUGAGGUAGAUACUUACCAAGUUGAUGUAUGUUCGUUACGUGCCAGCCCGAUGCACUUUGCCCAAAAUUGCCCAUCUCUGUCAACAUUUGCUGAGCAUCCUACGGAGCAAGUCAAUGCCUUCAAUGAUCACAGGAAACCCAUAAGUGGACAUUUUGCUAAGACUUACAAUCCAUGGUGGCGGAAUCACCCCAAUUUCUCUUGGAAGCAGAAUUAA